AAUUAGUUGCCCACUCAAGUGACCAUCAUGCACAUCACGGUUGUUUGCCUCGUAUUCACCUGGGGCCUGAGCCACAGUCACGCAGCCACGACAAUCCUGCAUGGCAACGGACAGGUGGCCAGUGCCAUUUCCCACCAGAGCUUCAGCAGAUUAUCCUCAGCAGAGCCACUAACCCUGCAGUCCCGAAAGCAAACACAUCAGCUGCUCGUUCCCUCUGCCAGGAUUGUUAAUCAUCACCAGGCGGCAGUGGAACGACAGCAGGUGGAGAGGUUCUUUCAGGCGGCAACGGCGGAGGCGGAGGAGGUGCCUGUCAUCUCUGGACAGACACCCGCCCAUCUCACCUACGCUGCCCAUCCAGUGGUGCACCAGAUGCUGCCAAGGAUUAAGCCAGUGCGAAACAUUAGCUACGCCUCCCUGAUCCCAGGACCUCGCAGCCUGAACACUCAUACGAAUCGGAAUUUGUCACCCGUUUGAGGUGCUAUAUAUUAUAUUAAAUUAAAGCUUUGGUUUAGGCUUUUAUUCAAUUCAACUACUAAAACAUCAAGCAGUAACACUUAACACUCACAUUCGACUCAAGUGCUUGUGAAUAAAACUCGAAUACUUUUU